GGGACGCUACGAACGUCGAACGUGCGUAGGGGAAGCUACGAUACGUAGGGGAUCGUCGUACGUACGUCAUCGAAAUUCGAGAAAUACAUGAAGUGCCCUGAACUCAUAUCUCUCCGCAAAAGUGAUUCUAAAAACGUGCUAUGAUGGUGUAUUAAUAUUUUUGAAGGAUUAGCGAGUGUUUUCUGCUUUUUGCUUCUACGUUUAUGUGAAUCGGAGGGGAGGUAUGUGGGGCGGGGGUGCGCAGUGCAUGCACGCCUCGUUGCCGCGUGGGGCGCACGCCCAGCCUGCGCCCACGCUCAGCGGCGCCAUCGCAAGCCGCCGCCCGCCCAGGCCCACUCCUCCCUCUCCGACAUUGGUAGCCCAAAUUAACUCAUCAGUAGCGUGCCUAUGGUUGCUGACGCCAAUAUCAGCUGGUACUGCCGUGGUUGCAGUUCUAGUUGCUGUAUCAACCAAUAACUGGUUACAUACUGAAGAGAAUAUGCUCAGUUCGUCGUUCAACGGAACUGGGAAACACACUCUUGUUGCUAAGCACACAAUAUCCGGACUUUGGAGGAUUUGUCACACGGAUCCCGGCAGUACAGUGUAUCGUUGUUGGGAUAUCCCGUAUUUUCCACUAUCGCAAUACACGCCGGACCCUAUUGAUUCUACAAAUGCAAUACCAUAUGUUGUGACGAGGUCGGCGGCUCCAUUACUUCUUGCGGUGCUAACACAAGCGGUAGGCGCUCUGUGCUGCGUGCUUGGUCACUGCGUCAAAGGUCGUCGACUGUGCACGUUCAUUGCAGGGGUGCUCUUCAUUAUUUCUGGUCUCAUCAUGCUGACUGGAAUCGUCAUGUACAUAUCUGUAUUCAAGUCACAAGUAGGGCAUAAGCUGCGCUACAUGACCUUGUUCAACACUCCAAGAAUGUCGUACAGCUACGGUUACUCUUUCGGUCUUUACCUCAGCGGAUUUAUUGCCGUCGAAUUAGCAGGCACGUCUGCUAUUUUCCUCUUUCUUCAAUGGUACCAAAAAGACUGGAUCACAGAGCUGACUGAGAAAGCUAAAGCGGACUGUCGUGCUUGGGAUCGCGAAUAUGCGUUCUCAGAAUUCAGAGAACGAGAUUCCACGCUACUAGAAAGGAGGAUGAUGAAAAGGGAUACGUAUCCACCAACAGGCUCCUCUGCAGCUACUCCACAUGAGACUCGCCGAUUCGUUUACGAGGGCGAUAAUGUGCCACAUUGUUCUAUUCAUAAAAAUAGAAGAAUAAAUUUGAGUUCCGGAUCGCUAAAAGACUUAUCGUCGUCAACAUUAUAUGGGUUUCCUGCGGCACCUAGACCGACCGCUUGUGAUAAUUACUUUGAGGAGUUCAAAGAGGUUCCUCAAAGCGCUAACACACUUAGUGGUCUAAGAAGCGCAUCUAUAUUUCAAUCGCAGGCGUCAAUGGCGAGCGGCAGAUUUUUGGAUUCAAAUGCAGUGGAGCCGCCACCUUCACGUGAAGAAGAAUUGGUUACAUUUGGUGCUGGUGCAAGGUGUAUUACAAACGAGGAACCGCCACCGCGUCACGACCGCGCCGUGGGCACCGACCCUUAUCGUAGGACCACGCCCGUCUGAUGUGAAAUCCCUGGGUCCCAAACCCGCACCAUAAAGCAUAUCGACAAGUGAUAGUGAAGACUCUCUCCGUGAUGAGUUAGCAUUGGUCUAUCCGUUGACCCAUUAUCUUAAUACAAUAUAGGGCCACGGUGUUGUGGAGAAAAGUGCGAACUGUCAAUAUGACUUUCGAAUUUAACUUUAGUAGGUAUGUACCACUUACGUGAAAACAGUGUUAUUAAAUUUUUCGACUGUUACAUUUCCUUUAGUAAUAAAACACUG